UGAAAUAAAUUUGUUAAAAUAAAAAAUAGCAGCUACAAAAACCAAUUCAUUGUUUGUUUAUUAACGUCUUCGUUUACUUAAAUAAAAUCUAUCAAAAAAAAUGGCUCAAUUAAUAAAUACAAAAGUUGAUGAAGCUAUCCAGAGUUUAAUUAAAACAGCAGAAUUAACUGCGCAGUAUGGCGGUGAUGAACAAAAGAAUCCCGAAAUAUUUGGUAAAAUUCUCGAACAGCUAAUUGGUGUAAAGAACGAUGUUAAAAAAGCCGAUAAAGCUUUUUCUACUGCAAAAGAUAAACAAUCAAUUGCACAAUUCGAUCAAACAUUUGCAUCCGAAAUAAAUAAACAACCAAAAUCAAAGGCUAAAAACUCUGAUGAAUAUAAACGCAUUAUGGAUGAGAUACGAACCCUUCUAUCAAUGAAUUACGAAGCGGUUGCAUCAACCAGUGUCGUAGAAGGCGAUGAUUAUCAAAUGGAGAUGGAAAUAUCGGACAUUGAUCCUCUUACAAAGCGUCGCAUGACACAUCCCGUUAAAAACACAGUUUGUGGACAUUAUUAUGAGAAAUCUACUAUUCUUGAGUCCAUUCAAGUUAAUCCCAGGCUUAGAUGUCCAAUAGCAGGAUGUGGAAACAAUCAGUUUGUACAAAAAGCACAUCUAAUUGAAGACCCGGUUUUCCGAAUGAGGCUUCAAAGGCGAAAUGAAAACGAACAAAAUUAAUUCCAAUUGAUUUAAAAUUUAUAUUUAUUUUUGUUAACAAAAAAAAAAAAA